UUUGUUUUGACUUUUAAAUCAUUGGAUUACUCUUUGAAUAAUAAUUUCAAUUAUAAUAAGUGUUAGUUUUUACUAUAAAUUUAAUUGUUUUGUCUAUAAAUAAAUAACUAGUAAUUGGUUAAAAUGGUCCGCAAAUUGCGAUAUCACGAGAGGAAACUGUUAAAGAAAGUAGAUUUCAUCAAUUGGUCGACAAAUUCAGUGAAAGAGACGGCUAUUAUGAGAAAAUAUCACAUCAAUAGACAGGACUAUACUAAGUAUAACAAGUUAUGUCAUGAGAUCUGGCAGUUAUGUGACCGCAUAUCCCGGCUCUCACCGGACGACACCUUCCGUAACGGGUGUUCCCAACAAUUGAUUGAAAAGUUGUAUUCAAACGGUUUAAUCAAAACAAAACGUCUUAAGAAAUGUAAUUCAGUAAAUGUCAAGUCAUUUUGUCGCCGAAGACUUGCGGUAUAUAUGAUUCAAUCGGCAAUGUUUUCGGGACCGCUAUCUACGGCCGUAAAAUAUGUAAAACACGGACACGUGAGAGUUGGACCUAAUGUGGUGACAGAUCCGGCAUUUUUGGUGACCCGAACUCAUGAGGACUUUAUUUCAUGGACUGAAAGCUUUAAGACUAAAAUCGAUACCUAUAAUGAAAUCAGAGACGACUAUAAAGACUAAAAAUAUCUAUAUUUUCCAAAAUUAUAAUUUUUUAUUGCAAUAGUCAUAAAAAAUGUUUGUAAUAAUAAAUACAAAUAUUAAAUAAA